GUCAUACCCCCGGCGCUUCCCUCGAAAUGCUCAUUCUCGCCAAGAGACAGCAGAAAGCUCGCUCUCAAGGCCCUCGUAGUCCAGAAGGUUUCCUUUGCAAUCAGUUAGUUGCGAGCAAGUGUUUAGCAUCCGCUUGCCUUCAAGCGUUAGUGAAAGCAGCAACGCACGCAGCGCUCGCAAUUGCAACAAUGGCGUCCCUCGAUAAAGUGACGCAGAAGCUGGAGACGCUCGCCCUCGAGCAGCGCGACGAGUCGGCACAGACCGUCGUCGGGAGGGAAGGCGCCGCCGAGGAGGGCGUGUGCGCCGUCAUGCCCAAGGGCGCCUUCGCCUUCAGCGACCUCAAGCAGCGCAAGGCCGAGCGCAAGGCGCAGCGGGCGGCAGAGCGCCAGCAGUAGCAGCAGGCGAAGCAGAAGAAGCAGAAGGAGGAGAAGCCCCUCGUCGUGAGCCGGGAGGAAAUGGCAAAGAUCCUGGCGGGCAACCCCGAACCGAAGGAGGAGGAGGAGGAGAAGAAGAAGAAGAAGAACCAGAGACAGCGGAAGGCGAUCCGCAGGCAGCACGAGCAGCUCUACUGGUGGUGAGCGUCGCCUCCCACCACGGCAGACGCGGCCCAGCGUCUUCCACCACGGCAGACGAGACGGAGAUUUACUUUUGUGUUUUGGUU